AUGUCUCAUCGCCGAAUAUUGUCGGUAAAUGACAUAAUAUCGCAUCUUGAAGACAACGAUGACGUAUUGUCAGCAGAUAUUUACAUAACACCCCCAGAUAAUUACGACAAAAGUGAUGAAGACAGUGGAGAUGAGGAGUCUUCGAACAUAAAUCACCUGUCCAGGCAGCAGCUCUUAGCACAGGCUGAGUUUAGGGCUACUGUAUCUUCACAGUCUAAUUUAGAUAUUAUAGAAAGCGUAUCAAAUGAAGUUUCUAUAGAUAAUAAUACACACGGCGACUUAUCAGUACAACCACCGGCAAAGAAAAAAAAUGUCCAGCUACCCGAAAGGGCAAGCACAGGAAAUACCCACCCAGAACUUGGUGUAGGUGCUUCUGUUGUUUUAGACCUCAUAUCCAAAUUGCCGCCCGGUACUUACAGCUUUUAUAUGGACAACUAUUUUACAUCUUUACCCUUGUUGGAUGAAAUAAAAACAUUAGGACCCGAUGCGACGGGAACGGUUAGGGCAAAUAGGGUAGAAAAGGCACCCUUGAAAGAAGCGAAAGAUAUGAAGAAAAUGAGCAGAGGGUCUUUUGACCAGUGUACAGAUACUCUGACGAACAUCACCCUCGUACGUUACAAUGACAACAAUAUUGUUACCGUUGCCUCAACCGAAUGUGGUGUGGAGCCUUUAGCUAAGUUAUAUAAAUUAUCGCCAGCUUCACAAAACAAUCAGCAUGACUAUUUGUCAUUUACAAGACAUGUUGUAACAACAUAUCUUCAGACUUUUCCUGAAAAUUCUUCUUCAGUAAAGAAGCCUAUUCCAAGAUCAUCUCUAGCAGUCAUAAAACGAGUUCCAGUUGAUAUUAGUAUGUGGAUGCGCACUCCGCGCGAUCAAUUGGCUUUGACCGUUUUGUCUCUUGUACCGCAGGGGUCACUCUUGUACUCGGUUUCAAUACUCAAUUGCAUCUCCGACCUCACAGAGCAAUCUGAGCGUUAUAACAAUGUAUUAAGGUUGUUUUUGUUAGCAGCCAUCCCAUUGGUUGUCUCAGCCUGUCCGGCUGAUAUUGACGUAGCGGAGGGUGUUCCAGAGGGAGGUAUGACCGACCUUGGCCGUGACUCUAUCCCCUCCCUGCUCCCUCCUCUUUCCUCCCUCCCCCUCCUCACCCAGCCGUCAGCCCCACGCACAGACUCGAUUGAUUUUCCCUCCUACCACCUUCCUCGCUCGGCCGGACUGGGAACCGGUCGUAGUGACUUUGAUCGGAACCGACUCAGCAUGACCCCUCGAGCUGGUCUGCGGGCACCGGCUUUCUAUAUAACGGGAGGUUCCGUCAUUCUGGUCACGUUAGGUCGGCUGGUCAACAACGCAUGCGGCUCUGCGCCCGCGCAUCACGCGUUGAAUUUUAAAUAUCAACCGAAUGUUGUAUCGAAAUGUAAUCGAUACAGCGGUAAAGUGAAAUAUCGAUUUACAUCGCGGCCUUAUAAAGUUUAUCGCUCGUUGUUCUAUAGUCGAAGUGUUCUGUCAUUGAUACCUGGUGAUUGUAUUGACGUGUCCCGGCGACCUGCCAACCACGCUGACAGACCUUGUGAUUAA